AUGUCGAACGACCUCCAAAUUCCCAAAGAAGCUCAAGAAUUUAUCAAAUUCGUUAAUAAUUCACCUUCACCUUUUCAUGCAACUUACGAAGCUGCCAAACUCUUGCUUGAAGCAGGAUUUAAGGAAAUCAAGGAACGUGAUAGCUGGAAGCUUGAACGUCGUGGUAAGUAUUUCUUCACACGAAAUGGUUCUGCUAUUGUUGCCUUUGUUGUCGGUGGCCAGUACAAUCCCGGCAAUGGAUUCUCCAUUGUAGGUGCGCAUACGGACUCGCCUUGUUUGAAGUUGAAACCUAUAUCCAAGAAAGAAAAGUCCGGUUAUCUUGAAGUAGGUGUUCAACUUUAUGGUGGUGGUAUCUGGCACUCUUGGUUUGAUAGAGAUUUGAGUGUGGCUGGCCGUGUCCUUGUGGAGCAAAAAGAUGGUACCUUUAAGCACACAUUGGUUAAAAUCGAUAGACCUAUUUUACGUAUCCCUACUCUUGCUAUCCAUUUGGAUCGUACUGCUAAUGAUGGAUUUACAUUCAACAAAGAAGUUCAAUUAGCGCCCAUUCUUGCUACAGCCACGAAAGCUCAAUUGACAGGCAAUACUGCUGAUGAUACCGUCGAGGCUGACGCCAGCCAUCACCCUUUAUUGAUCCGUAUUCUUUCCCAAGAAAUGAAUGUUGAACCUUCUCAAAUCCGCGAUUUUGAACUUGCUGUCUAUGACACACAGAAAUCAACUAUUGGAGGUGCAUGCAACGAAUUCAUCUUUUCUCCCCGCCUUGACAACUUGGAAAUGUCAUUCUGUGCGAUCAAGGCCUUGAUUGCUGCACAGGGUAUUGACAAUGACACGAAUAUUCGCAUUGCUGCCCUAUUUGACAAUGAAGAAAUUGGAUCUCAAACUGCACAUGGAGCUGACUCUAAUCUGUUACCUGUCACCUUACAAAGACUCGCCAAUACAGAAGUGAUUCAUGCGACCAAGGAGAUAUCUAGCACCGCAUUUGAAGAAGCGAUCCACAAGAGUAUCCUUGUCAGUGCUGAUAUGGCUCAUGCCAUUCAUCCCAACUAUUCGGAAAAACAUGAAGAAAACCAUCGUCCUGAAAUGCACAAGGGCACUGUUAUCAAAGUCAAUGCUAAUCAACGCUAUGCCACUACUGCAGUUACUAGCUUGGUACUGAAGGAGUUGGCCAAGAAGCAUAAUAUUCCUAUUCAAGAAUUCGUCGUACGCAAUGACUCACCUUGUGGAUCUACUAUUGGCCCUAUGCUCAGUGCUAAACUUGGCCUUCGUACGGUUGAUGUUGGUAAUCCUCAACUAAGUAUGCAUUCUAUUCGUGAAACAGGUGGUACUGAUGACGUGAAACAUGGCAUUGAUCUUUUACGGGUAUUUUACCAAGAAUUUUUUGUAUUGGAACAAAAGCUUAUUGUGGAUUAA